ACAAUAAAUCUUUUAUAGAAUUUUAUUAAAUCUAAAAGUAAAGUAUUAUUAUCAAAACAAAUCUAAAUGUGCACCAAUAUAAAUGUGAAUCUACCGACAGUCAUGACUUUUCUUCUGCUAUAUUCUUUAAAAACCGGAUGUGUUGUGAUACUAAUAUGGACAGUGUGCCGGUCGCUGUUCUUCCUGGGUUUCUUCUUAAAUUCGAUGAUAACCACGUUCCUGCCAGCAACUUCGACAUCGUCUUACUAUGUCCCGAAGUCAUUGGAGCAGUUCUUCUUCUACAUUUUCAUCAUGCAAGAAAUCCUCAUCAUCACCCAGUGCUUCCUGUGCAUCUUUACCAUUUACUUGGGGAUAGGAAUUUAUUACGAUACUCCGUACCGCGUCAACCAGUACCUGGUGUGCCGGUUCUGCACGUGGCUCAUUGAGCUCUCUCUAUUCGUGGUGCUGAGCAUCACGCAUACCGCUCUCACUGGAUAUUAUCUACUGUACCUCAUGGUUCUUAUCCUUGAGUUCUACGGCUUCAUAGUCGUGUACAGCUACUACGUGGACAUUUGCGACGAAGGUGUAAAGUUUGAUAUGAAUGCGUUCUGCGACGACACACCGCCAUCCGAAUGCGUUUGCGAAAAACACGGCAAAAAGAAGAAAAAAGAAAAAAAGCCUGAAAGAUCAAUGUGCGACUGCGACUGAGUCGCUGACAAUAGAUCCUACACUAUCUAAUACAA